CAUUUAUUUACCCUUUGUUCAAUGCAUGAUUAGCAAGGAACAACUUAAUUUAACUUCGCCUUCUAUUCAGUUAUUUUCUGCUUUGUUGCAACUUUGAGGAAUCUACGACGAAACCCAUAGACAAAGACUGUUCAUUUGACAUCAAUAUUUUUCUUCAACCAAUAUUUAUGGAGAAGAGAAUUGUUAACAAACUAACACAAACCUCAGAUGAUAUGGCUGAUGAGCAAACCAUACCUGAUGGUUUGACCUCGAUGUCUCGAGCACUUACUCCAAGAAGGAAGAGAAAGAGAAAUGACAUUGACAAUAUCAAUGGGAUAAAAAAGGUGGGUAAGGGUGUGCAAACAGUUGAGCAAGAGGUGGUUGAGCCAGUUGAUACAAUCUCGAAGUUGCCCGAAUCAGCUAUUCAUCAUAUCUUGUCAUUCUUGCGUAGUGCAAAAGAGGCUGCUCGAACCAGCAUCCUGUCAAAGAAGUGGAGAGAUGCAUGGAAGUCCUUUUCUGUACUAACAUUUAAUGAACGCAGCUACCUCAAGGCAGAAGUCGGUCUUAAUAGUGAUAAGCAAAGGCAGAAGUUUAUUGACUCUAUCGAUAACUCCUUGCAAAGUCACCUUACACAGAACUUGGGCAUUUACAAGCUAGUGUUACGUAUAACACCAGAGCUCGUCUCGCAUCUGAAACGGUGGGUUGACAUGGCAGGGGAAAAUGGCUUAGGUGAGCUUGAUAUCCAUGUUGAGACGACACGAAAACGUUGCAAAGUGCCACUGUGUAUGCAUUCUAUCAAGACUCUAAGUGGAUUGAGAUUGCAAGGUCUUUACUGGUCAAGUUUUGAGGCUUUAGAGUUCAAUAAUUUGCAAAAGCUGUAUCUCCGUAGACUACAUGUAGAUCCUCAGUUAAUCCAGAAAUUGGUUUCUACCUGUCCUCUACUUACGGAUUUAAGAAUUAUAGAAUGCCGAGGAUUAACAAACUUGAAGAUUUCAGGUUCUCAAAAGCUUGAAAGGGUGGACUUGUACCAAUGCCAUUUUCUUAGAAGGGUUGAGCUCCAAGUUCCUAGUUUGAAAACAUUUUGGUAUUGUGCAAAGAAAUCUUCAUGCUGUAAGCUUAACUUAGAGUCCUGCACGUCCUUGAAGAGGUUGACAUUAGAGGACCCAUCUAUGACAGAAAAUUUCUUUAAUAAGCUACUUGUCAGCUUUCCAGUCCUCGAAAAAUUAAAUCUCAGCAGAUGUGACAAGCUCCAAAUUAUUGGCAUAGCAAAUGUCGAGCUUCAGAGUCUAGGCUUGAGAUGUUGCAAAAGACUGAAACAUAUUGAUGUUGAUUCUUUAAAACCUUGUUCAUUAGACUAUCAUGGCCGCGAGAUGGUUCAUGCAUUUGGGUGUUUGCCUCUAAAGGAGGCAAAAAUUUCUCUGGUUUCAAAAAAGAAAGAGGAUCCAUCUGCUUUUCCAACUCGAAAUGUAUUCAUCCGUUCUUUUCUUGGACGUCAUUGUAAAGGUUUUAAAAUCAUCGUCUGGUUUUGUAAGAAUGUUAUAAUUCACGAUGAGAUCAAAGAUAUCUUCCUUCCUUCUCUUCCCAAUCUUAAGUUUCAUGCAAUCAAGCCAUCUACAAAUGCAAAAGAUUUAUUAGAAGAUUUACUGACGAAAGAGCAUCCGGAGAGGAUAAUCGUAGCAUCAUCUUUUAGCAGUGAAGUUCCACAUGCGUUGCACAAAAUAAAAGGAGAAGUGGAAACGAGCUGCUGCAGCUAUAUUAAUUCAAACAGAAAAUGCUGGCGCCAUUUCUUGAAGGAUACCAAGGUUGUGAACAUUGCAGAAAUUGAAGGUAUAUCAGAUUGGUUUAAUGAUGUGAGGGAUAGGGUUGACCAAGUAACUUGUAUGGAGCUACAUUGGGAGCCCUCUAUGCAUUUUGGUAAAGUACCUCCUCACCAUGAGGAAGACAAUGAUCAAGCGCUAUGAAGAAAUAUUUGAGUUUUUUUAAAAAAGAAAAAAAACAACUCCGGUAUCGUAGAUAAAACCUUUGACUAUCUAGAGGCACUACCGAUUAUUUUGGCAAAUAGUUGUGUUUCUUGGGCACAUUUUGGUGAUCGAAGUUUUGAGAUUAUUUAAGAUUCUGUUUCUAAUUUUUGUAAUAGGAGGAAAGGAAUGAAUGGAUGUGGGGCUGUAUCCAUUUUUAUUCCUAAAGAAUGUAGUGCCUUCUAGUGUUUUUAGUAUUAGGCUUGCAUUUGAACUUUCAUGGUGUCGAUUAGUAAUUUGAUAUUUUAUUCUAAUUAACAUAAUGAAUCACUGUUUUUUAUUCUAGAGCUA